UAAUGAUUUUAGUACUAUUGGUUAAUCUAAUUUUGGCAACUGGCAAACAAAAAUAACAUCAUUUACAUCAUUAAGUGAUGUUUAAUAGAGAAUAAAAUGUAGUUGUUUUGGAUAGGGAUAAUUUUGAUGCAGCAUUGAUGAAUUUCUAAGUUCUAUUAGUAGAUUUCUAUGCACCUUGGUGUCCACAUUGGUAAGUCAAUAUUUAUAACUAGCAAAAAUUUAAUGCCUUAAUUUGAAAAUGCUGCUACUAUGCUAAAAGAAAAAAAAAGCAAAAUUACUUUAGCCAAAGUUGAUUGCACUUAAGAAUCAUUUCUAUGUAUGAAAUUUGAUGUUAGAGGAUAUCCAACUCUUAGAAUUUUUUAUCAUGAUAAAAUAUUUCAUUAUAAUGGAGAUAGAACACCACAUGGAAUUGUUGAAUAUAUGGAAACGCACUUAAAAUAAGAAGAAGAGAAAGAAAAAUAAAGAAUAUAAUAAGAAUAAGAAAAACUCAGAUAAAAAUAAAACUAUCCUUGAAC